AUAACCUAAUAUCAGGUCUUUUUUUUUUAUUCUGCUAUUCGACAUUUAGGGUGAUAGCGAUCCACCACCGUGCUCCACCCAUCGCCAUCCACCACUGUCGUGUAUGCACCACCAGUCCACCACAGUUCGGCCAUAGCUCCGCCAUAUCAAAGAAUAAUGGAUGAUACCCAAGCAAAGAAGAAGGCAAUAUAUCGUGCUAAACUGAAAGCGCAACUUAAACAACAACGUAUCGAUUCUCCUCUUGUUAGGUAUAAUGAAUCUGACCAACCGGUUUGUAAAGUUUGUGAUGCUGUUCUAAAAUCCGAGUCUGCUUGGGGUGCACACCAAAUAUCCGCAAAGCAUCGCGAGGCAAUUAAAAAUUUAAAAGCCAAUGCUGCAGCAGCUAGUAGGGUUAACAAUAUGAAGCCUCCAGCUUCUACUGAAGCUGAUAAUGCCAAGUCCAAGGCUCCUGCUGAGCCGUCAUAUAAAACUCAAAUGGGUCCACCUCCAGCUCGGGUCCAAUCUGCACUUCCGUCUAAUUUCUUUGAUAAGCCUGAGAUGAAGAGGCAACCAAAUGACACUGCUGCUGCAAAGUUUACAGAUAAUGAUAAAAAGAAAAAAGGGCCUGGUUCCGGAGACAACAAAAGAGUUGAAGUCUCUAGUGUUACAGUGACCAAUACAAUAGGUGACGAGACUCAGGCUCAAACACGAGCUCUUCCUGAAGGCUUUUUUGAUGAUAAAGAUGCUGAUCUACGUGCACGUGGAAUUACUCCUGUUAAGCCAGAUAUCAAAGACGAGUACAAAGAGUUCGAGAAGUUGAUCCAAGAAGAUUUGAAGGAGGUGGACAACCGAAUGGAAGAAGAAGAGUAUGAUGCAGCUGAGAUGAUUGAGGAGGCAGAAACUGUGGAGCAAAAGUCUUGCAGGGAGAGAGUGGAAAUGUUGAAGAGGAAGAAAAUGGAGCUCAAGGCCACCAGAUCAGGCAAGCGCGGAAAAGUUGUGCAAGUGGUGGAGAACGAACGUAGCCUUGAUGAGUCAUCGAGUGAUGACGACAGUGAUGAUGCUGUUGACUGGAGAGCUAAGCAUUUGUAGAUGUAUUCAUUAGGUGCUAAAAUUCUCUCUCCCCACUCUUUGCUUCUGUAUGUGCGUUAUUCUGUGGAGGUGGCAAUAUUGAUAAUUCCUUGGUAUUUUCACCCGUUUACUCAUAAAUGGGCCAGUUUAUUUUUUUUCUUUUCUAAAUUUAAAAGGGUCAGAUCAGAAUUGCUAAAAAAUGAGCGGGUUAGAUGAGAAAAAUGUUCGGAGGUCGCUGGAAGUGUGUUUUGAAACAUAUUACCAUCCUACAUUGCUUUAUAUUGGGGGGCAUUUUUUAUAA